AUCCAACCAAUUUGAAAGGAGCUUCCAGCUGUGAAUUGCUGUCUUUCCGGACGCGAUGGAUUACAAUGCAUGUCUCGACGUCAACUUGUCCGUGACCUCCCCCUUCCCCCUCCCUAGACGCUCAUCCUCCUUUGUCACGUCACUAUCCCUUCCACUUCUGGUCGCUCGGGUGGUAAUCACACCCACCACGCCAUGUACUCAGCUGUCCUCAUCACAAAAUGUGGGUUUGAGGAUCCGGGAAGCCGAUAUCAUCCCACGCUAUUUGGGUCAGAGCCUGGCCCCUGACAAAUGCAGUUCAAUAAUUAGCCAAACAGUCCAUCAUUCAAUUCGGUGUAUAUAUGUCCGGACGCCUUGCACGCAGGGCACGAACUGGACUUCUGCAGGAUCUCUGCAUACGGCCCUGGCGACCACUGCACUUCUCCACAGCCACACCAGUUGCCUUUGCCUUCUUGCCUCUUUUCGUCCCGAUGCAGAACCUACUCGACCUUGUUUGGUGGCUGCGAGUCGGCUCCUUCUUUUCAAUCAUGUGCCUAAUUGUCUUUAGCAUCGCAGGUGCAGUUUUCUCGAGACGCCGCUCCAACCGCAGAAGGACUCACACGGGGGUCUCCGAAUGUCCACCCGUCUACACCGCCUGUCCGAAGGCUUUUAACUUUGUCUGGAUCUCCAACCACUUGGCUGUCGCCAUCUUCGCUACCGUCUUCUUCAUCAUCGGUUUUCAAGUAACGGUGGCCUGACUGAUGGUGACCCAAUUUGGACGCGAUCGCGUGGGGAUCUCUUUGGGAAUGUUGCCGUCACUCUUCAAGUCUACCGAAGUCUUUCGGAG